CGAGAGAGGGAACACAAGCAGGGGAGUGGGAGAGAGAGAAGCAGGCUCCCCACAGAGCAGGGAACCCGAUGCGGGGCUCGAUCCCAGGACCCUGGGAUCAUGACCUGAGCUGAAGGCAGUCGCUUAACCAACUGAGGCACCCAGGCGCCCCCAAAAUAAUCAACGUCUAAACGUGAGGAACAAAACAUGACAGAAACGGACGCCUUCCGUAAGAGUGAAAUAUUUGAUCCGGCAGAAAAGUACAAAAUGGACCACAAGAGGAGAGGAAUUGCUUUAAUCUUCAAUCACGAGAGGUUCCUCUGGCAUUUGACGUUGCCAGAAAGGCGGGGCACCAGCGCAGACAGAGACAAUCUUAGACGCAGGUUUUCAGAACUAGGAUUUGAAGUGAAAUGCUUUAAUGAUCUUAAAGCAGAAGAACUACUGCUCAAAAUUCAUGAGGCGUCAACCGCUAGCCACACAGAUGCCGACUGCUUUUUAUGUGUUUUCCUGAGUCAUGGCGAAGGCAAUCACAUUUACGCAUAUGAUGCCAAAAUUGAAAUUCAGGCAUUGACUGGCUUGUUCAAAGGAGACAAAUGCCAGAGCCUGGUUGGAAAACCGAAGAUAUUUAUCAUUCAGGCGUGUCGGGGAGACCAGCACGACGUGCCCGUCCUUCCUUUGGACGUGGUGGAUCAUCGGACGGAGCAGCCGGAGGCCAACAUCACCGAGGUGGACGCGGCCUCGGUGCACACACUGCCUGCCGGAGCCGACUUCCUCAUGUGUUACUCUGUUGCAGAAGGUUAUUAUUCUCAUCGGGAAACUGUGAAUGGCUCAUGGUACAUUCAAGAUUUGUGUGAGAUGCUGGGAAAAUUCGGCUCCUCCUUAGAGUUCACAGAACUCCUCACCUUGGUGAACAGGAAAGUUUCUCAGCGCCGAGUGGACUUUUGCAAAGACCUGAAUGCAAUUGGAAAGAAGCAGGUUCCCUGCUUUGCCUCAAUGCUAACUAAAAAGCUGCAUUUUUUCCCAAAAUCUUAAUGAUAGGAACUAUUUUGUUUUAUGUAUCUAUUUUCAAAACAGAUUUCCCAUCUUUUUUAUCAGUAAAUAUCACUAGGUUGAAAUUUAUGAUAUAGCAAUUUAAAAUGUCUUAAAGGUUUAACGAGAACUUUAAAAAAUAGUUCAUAUUUGUAUUAAACAUGGUGAAAGGGUUUGAUAUAUGUGAAAUGAAAUCCUCAGGGAAUUACUAUAAAAAAUCCAUAAGCAUUUGUAAUACUUGAUUUUUAUAGUAAAUCACAAGGUUACUCGAAAUACCUGGCUGAUUUAACUUGUAUUUUGUUAGGGUUUUUAAUAAAAGUUUUAUAAUGUUUUUAAAGGUUUUUGAAAGCCAAGAAUUAGUUGUUUUCCCUUAAUAAAAUAUUUGAAAUUCA